AAUUACAAAAUUUACAAAGAAACGUUUUAAUUUUUCAAUAACUUUCGGUACAUACACAAUACUUUGAUUUGCAAAUUUCGGGACACCCUGUAUAUAUGCAUGUACACAAUGUUGCACACGUUGACAUAGAUACUACGUAUGAAAUGUAACAAAACAAAUUAAUCACCAUUUUGUGAGGUUUAUCGGUUGCAGCGAUAACUACAAUAUCAAUGGUUGUACAGAGUGGCUAUAUAAGAUACAGAAGUGCUGGUUAAAUAUGCGAAUCCUUAGUAUUAGGGCUCAAUCGCGUAAUUGGUAAGAAUCAUGAAGCAGUGUGUAGCGUUAUUAGUACUUGGAGUACUGAUACUUCAACGAGGAAUAGCCGUUGAAGUACACGUGCCACGAAUUGCCAUCGUAGGAGGUGGCAUUGGCGGUGCGUCCGCCUCGCAUUUUCUCACCGAGUUGUUAAAUGGAACUUUGCAUAUUGACUUGUACGAGGCGAAGACUAUCGGCGGACGAUUGGCGACCAUCAAGAUUGACAGAGAUGAAGUCGAAGCUGGUGGUUCAAUUAUACAUCCCAAGAACAUGUACAUGCAUAGGUUUGUUAAACUUUUGGGUUUGGAAAAGAGACCUUCCAAUGAGGAGGAUGGAAGAGAUGCCAUCUGGACUGGAGAUGAGUUUAUAUUCCUAGGAAAUGAUUGGAAAACGAUGCUGAAGUUAUUUUGGAGAUAUGGCUAUCAUCUACUUAGUCUCAAAAACCAUGUAAACAACAUGUUAGAAGAUUUUGCGAAAAUAUAUGAUCUGCAGGAUGCUGGUUACUCCUUCGACAACGCCACUGCAUUGUUGUCAGCUAUGAAUAAAGAUUUUCCAAAGUUACUGCGAACGUCUGCGAGAGAUUAUCUUUUGCAUCUGGGAUUCACGGAGAUUUUGAUUAAUGAAUUGGUGCAAACCACUAUCGUAGUAAAUUACAAUCAGGGAGUCGAUAUUCAAAGUUUUGUUGGUUUUAUAUCUGUAGCUGGGGCAUAUGGUGAUUUAUGGGCUGUUAAGGAUGGAAACAAAGAGGUGCCACAGCAUCUCAUUUAUAAAAAUAAAAAUGUAAAUGUAAUACCGAGUCGUGUUAUACAGAUCCGUAAUUUAUUAACUGUUUCUAAUUCAAGUCGAUACGAAGUGACUUACAUAAAUAAAGAUAGCACGGAUCCAAUGACGUCUAAUUACGACAUUGUGAUUAUCGCUGCUCCACUUACCAGCGAUCAGGAAUUUCAAAUAAAAUUUGUUGGAUUUCCACACGAUUUGGUGUUUCCAGGAAAGUAUCAGACAACGUAUGCAACAUUCGUUAAAGCAAAUCUGAAUCUGAAGUACUUUGGUUUGCAAGAUCCUAUGAAUAGUAUUCUAAGUUGUAAUCCCAACAAGACAAAGAUCAGUUCGAUCGGGAAACAGGAGUCUGUUGAUGGCUCAGUUACGAAGGAUCCGCCAAUUUGGAAGGUCUUUAGCAGAGAAUCUUUGGAAUCGACUUUUAUACAUGAUAUUUUCUCUCAUGUUGUCGAAAAGAAGGAAAUUGCUUGGAAAGCAUAUCCCCAUUACUCAACAAAUAUGAAACCCAAUAAUUUUAAGCUGCAUGAGGGCCUAUAUCAUGUCAAUGCAAUUGAAUGGGUCGGAAGUGCAAUGGAAAUGAGUGCAAUUGGUGGAAGAAAUGUCGCCAUUUUAGCAUACAAAGACUUUCUUCAAUUACAUGAUUUUGUACCAAAUGAAAAGAACUCUGCAUUUUCUGACGUUAACGAAUUAUAUACACGAAUGGAAUUGUAAUAUUAGUCUUACUAUUAAUAUUCUUACUUGUUUACAUUGAGAACAUUUUCAGAAAUAAGAUUAUUUUUGUAGCAUAAAUGUGAUACAUGUAAAAAGAGUUACAAAAAGUAAACCAAAGAUAAUUAAAAUUUUAAAAUAAAUGUUUUUAAUUUGAUAAAA